GCAAUUAGUUAUUGGUCCUGAAGCUCUGGUAUCUAUGCUUGUCGGUUCUUCAAUAGUACAACAACAAGAAUAUUUAGAUUCAAAUGAUCCUGAAACAGCCAUUGUAAUUGCUGGAUUAAUUACAUUUUUUGUGGGCAUCUUGACGCUAAUAAUCGGCAUAUUUAGACUGGGUUUUAUUGAUUCUGUAUUAUCUCGUGCUCUUUUAAGAGGAUUUAUCUCUGCUGUAGCAAUCGUGAUCAUAAUUGAACAAUGUUUAACAAUGACUAUGUUAACGGAACAGGCGACUAGAGCUGGUGUUGGUCAUGCCUCAUCGACCGGUGGUGGAUUUCCUUCUUUCCAAAUUCCUAAACCCCUACCUAAACUACAUAUACUGGAUUGUUUUGAAACCGCCGUUUUGAUUUCAAUUGUUGGGUUUGUAGAAUCUAUUGUGGUUACCAAAACUUAUGCGACAAAAUAUAAUUAUUCUGUCAGCGCAAAUCGUGAAUUGGUAGCUUUAGGUUCUGCUAAUAUAAUAUGCAGCGUUUUCCAAGGUUUUCCUGCAUACGGUGACACUAAUAAGUUUAAACCAAUCAAGGAUUUUCCUGAUUCGGCCGAACAUAUAGAAGGAUUACUUGUUGUUCGAAUAUCAGAGCCCUUGUAUUUCGCUAACACCGGUCAAUUAAAAGAUCGGUUAAGACGAUUAGAAGAGUUUGGUGAUAUGAGUGUUCAUCCUUCUGAAGAUGCACGAUUAUCACCAAUCGAGAACGUAAUUUUUGAUAUAGAAACUAUGGAGGAUUUAGACGCUAGGUAA